GCGUGAAACACCUUCUAGUGCUCAGUAAAUUUAGCAGUUACAUACAUACUUAAUCAUGAGUAAGCAAUACAUCUCGACAGUGUCGACCGGAGCGGCACACGAGUCGGAUAUCCUUGACCUUGCGGUCACCAACCGGUACACCGUGACGGUGUCCAGUGAUGGAUACGCCAAUUUUUGGGACAAUAAACAGGACGAAACACACGACCCGCGCAAAUUUGUAACGAGGAAACUUGUCAACCGUGCAGGCUUGCACCAUGUCGCGGCAUACGAGUCCGUGUUGCCCGGUCUGCAGGUCAAGGUGGUGGUGUUGGCCGUAGUUGCGUUUGAUGGGUCCUUGACCUUUUUGUGCUUCAUCCAGGAUGAUAUCAAGACAUUGGUCGAAGUCAGUGCAGGUGGCGUUGACGGGUUCAAAGAGCUCAACAGUUGGUGUCCGGGCUUUUACAUUGACCCAGAGCUGAAAAGCGACUAUUUGGUGGUGACACAAGCAAGUGGCGAGACGGCAGUAUACCGCAUGGAAAUCGCGGUUGACGGCAAGAAGGAAAAUGCAGUCAGCAUUGCACUUGAGAAGUUUGGAACCAUCAAGCCAACUCAUCUGUCCACACCAAACUCUUUGGCCAUUUCCGCUACUGUGGAGAAGAAAAUCGCCAUCGGAUACACUUCAGGGGAAGUCGUAUUGUAUGACUUGGAGUCCUUGAAACCAAUCUAUACCUUUAAAUCUACUGAUGUGGGUGGUAGUGGAAGCUCAAGUGUACCAAGAGCCAUCCGGUUCCUGCCUGGUGGGUCGAUUCUUGCCGUUGCUCGUGAUAACCAAUCCGUGGGGUCCAUCACACUUUAUGAUGCUAAAUACGGUGAAAACGUUGGCUCUUUGACCACUCCUUCGCAUCUGUCCAAGACGAAAAAUGUCGGUGGGUUUGCACACGAUGGAUGGAUCAUGGGCCUUUCCUUUGACGAAGAGGGGAAGCUCUUAGCCUCAUGUGGGUUCGACAAGUGUAUCCGGGUGUGGAACAUGGAGACCAGAGAAAGAGUGGCCACCAUCACCGUUUCUGUGAGUGAUUUGGACGGCGAUGCCGCUCUGGGGGCGGGAGCUCCUGAACUCGACCACAGCGUGGUCAGUGGUGUUCAAUUCAUCAAGAAGGGAAUCCGUGGAGGUUUAGGUGGCGAUACCAACGAGGGUCUUUGUGCCAUUAGUUUCGAUAGAGGUAUCAGAUGGUAUAGAGAAGCUGGAGGUAUUUAAAAAUAAGGAGGAAAAAUAACUGUGAUAGGAGAAGAAAUAGAGUCGAAGCAAAGCUCUGGCCAUGGACCGAGCCAAAUAUGUAGAGCUUUUACUGAUAUUAUAGAUACAGAAAAGGAAACGAGACAAAAACCAAACGGAAUACGUCUUUGUAUAUUUGCAUUCAACCUAUAAAUAUAUAUCUAUAGAUGGCACACAGUGCCACCCAA